AUGGCGUCAGCGCCUGUCUUCAGGAACGCCGCUUGUUUAGGGCGUCCUUCUUCUAUUUCUUUUUCUUCUUUGACUCUGCGUAGGCAUUAUUUACUCAUAAAUAACCGUGAAAAUGGAGUUAAAACAGGUUUUCCGUCAGCAUUUACCCCUAUACAGCCUCAGGCGGUGCAGCAGCCAGUGGAUCAGCGGCGGUGGCUUUCAACAAAGACAGACGAAAAAACAAUUGGUAAAACUCCUGCAUUUGAAAUAUCUGGGAAAAUAAAAGUAGAAAAUCCAGUUGUUGAAUUAGAUGGAGAUGAAAUGACUCGCAUAUUAUGGGCUUGGGUAAAAGAGAAGUUAAUCUUACCCUACCUGGACGUACACCUGAAAUAUUUUGACCUCUCUUUGCCUAACAGAGACGCAACAGAUGAUAAAGUUACGCUCGAUGCAGCAGAGGCAAUCAAAAGAUUUAAUGUCGGCAUCAAAUGCGCCACCAUCACUCCUGAUGCAGCGCGAGUUAAGGAAUUCAAAUUAAAACAAAUGUGGAAAAGCCCUAACGGAACGAUCCGAAACAUGCUGGACGGCACAGUGUUCAGGGCGCCGAUUUUGAUAUCUACGAUUCCGCGUUUGGUGCCGGGGUGGAGGAAGCCGAUAGUAAUUGGGCGUCAUGCAUUUGGAGAUCAGUAUAAAAGUAAAUCUUUAUUAUGCUCGGGUCCAGGCAGCUUUGAAAUGGUCUUCAAGCCUAAAGACGGAGGCAAAGAAAUACGAGAAACUGUCUAUAACUUCCAAGGACCAGGGCUUAUGCUUGCAAUGUAUAAUACUGUCGCAAGCAUAACUGGAUUUGCUCGCAGCGCAUUCUCCUACGCACUCUCACAAAAGAUGCCGUUGUAUCUGAGCACGAAAAAUACAAUAUUGAAGGAGUACGACGGAGUGUUUAAAGAUAUUUUUGAUGAAAUGUAUGAAAAAGAAUUUCGGGAGAAGUUCCUAAAAAAUAAUAUUUUCUAUGAACACCGCUUAAUUGAUGACAUGGUCGCUCAGGCUCUCAAAUCUGAAGGCGGCUUCGUCUGGGCCUGCAAAAACUAUGAUGGAGAUGUACAGUCCGAUAUCGUAGCGCAGGGCUACGGGUCGUUAGGUUUAAUGUCUUCGGUUUUAGUUUGCCCUGACGGACGCACUGAAGUAAGCGAAGCUGCUCACGGCACGGUGACUCGGCAUUAUAGAGAGCAUCAGAGAGGCGUGAAGACAUCUACUAACCCGAUUGCUUCAAUCUUUGCUUGGAGUAGAGGGCUUGCUCAUAGGGCAAAGUUAGACGGCAACAGUCGGCUGGAGCAGUUUUGUUUAGCGUUAGAACGAGCGGCGAUUUCAACGGUUGAAGACGGCCUGAUGUCUAAAGACUUAGCAAUUUGUAUUAAAGGGAUUGAUAAUGUUUCUCCGGCAGACUAUUUGAUGACCGAGGAGUUUAUUGACGCUGUUGCAGACACAUUAAAAAGAAAUUUAAUAAUUCAUCAGACGCCGCUGCAUGACGACCACGACGGACGCACAAAAUAA